UGUAAUAUAUUAUGUGUUACACGUUGUGAUGCAAAAACACACACACACACACACACACUAAUCUAUGGUGUGUGAGAGAUGUUCAAUGCCUCCAUAAUUCCAGGGCUCAAAGAGCUCAUAAUGGAAUCUUGUCAAAUUUUGGAUUAUCAUCACCAAACUGAUUUAUGUACAGAUGGCCAGAUGUUGCUGGAUAAUUUGCUUUCUGGUGUUCUCUUCCCUUUUUAGAGCAUACGAGGCUAGUCCUGGUGAUUCUGACCAAUUAUAUAGGGCUUGUCUUUCACAAUGUCAAAAGACUAGUUGUGUUGGGGCAAGAUGUUUCUCAUGCUGCAACUCAGCUUCAGAUGGUUCUCCUCUUGAUGCCUCUUGGUAUAACAUAAAACAUCUUUACUUUUGGUGGAACCACUGGGAUUGCCAAAGCAACUGUCGUUACCAUUGUAUGCUUUACAGAGAAAAUGAAAGAGCAGAACUUGGCUUGGAGCCUGUUAAAUAUCAUGGAAAAUGGCUUUCUCGACGUCAAUAUGGAUUCCAGUUUGCACAGGAACCAAUCUCUGUAGCCAUUUCAGCUCUAAACCUUGUGAUGCAUUUUCAUGGUUGGCGUUCUUUCUCCAACCUCAUUUACUAUAGCUUGCCUUUGAAACCGGAUAAGACACCAUUUUAUGAUUAUGCUGGCCUCUUUAAUAUCUAUGGGCUUCUGGCUAUGAACGCAUGGUUUUGGAGCGCAGCUUUCCACUUUCGAGAGAUGGACUUGACAGAAAAGCUAGAGUUUUCAUCAUUUGUUGCAUUACUUGGAUACUCAAUUAUAUUGGCAAUCAUUAGAAGCUUUAGCUUAAGAACUGAUGCUGCCAGAGUCAUGGUUGCUGCUCCAAUCGUUGCAUUUGCGACCACCCACAUUUUGUUCCUUUGCAAUUAUAAGAUGGACUAUGAAUGGAACACAAAAGUGUGCAUUGGCAUGGGCAUUGCCCAAGUGGCGAGUUGGUCGAUUUGGUGUGGGGCGACAGAGCAUCCUUGCAGAUGGAAGUUGCGGAUGGUAGUUGUGGGAGGCAUAUUUGGUGUGGUGGUGAAGAUGUUGGAUUUCCCUCCUUAUCAAGGACUAGUUAAUAGUGAAGUUGUUUUGAAUGCUUCCAAUAUCCCUCUUACAUACAUGUGGUGGAACUUCAUCAAGGAUGAUGCUGAGUUUAGAACAGUCAACCUCUUGAAGAAGGUGCGAUAGUGUCUCCCAUUUCGAGUUGCAUUCUUUUUGUAUUAUAGAUAACCAUCUUUGCUCUUUAGUUUUCUGUAUUAAAUCCCUCGAUUUAUGUCUUUCUUAUUGAUCACAUCUAUUUCUUAUGAAAACUCUCUCAAUAGUUAGCCUUAGCUUAGUGUAUCACAAUCUAUAGUAUUAUUGCUUUUGCAUAUUGAGUUAUGCUGCAUUCAUUGCAUUA